AUGAACGUUGAUCAAAAUCGGAGUAUGCACUCUGUACUUCCUAGCGAUAUCUCUUCAUCUCAAGAUGCUGUAGGAACCUCAAAUCAAGGAUAUCGCAGAGAAGUUGUCAAAGACAAUCUAAAACAAAGGUCUCGGAAAUUUAACGCUCAACGCUCGGGGUACCAAGAUUUGAUAGAAGAAGUAGUUGACAUAGAGUUUAAUGCUAUCGCUCUCGGUUCACUUUGCAAUCUUUCCUUAAAAUGA